AUGAGCCCAAGGAUAUUUCGGAGGACACUCGCAUUACUAAUAGUACUUGUUGGCAUAUACUAUGAAGGAGUAACGCAAGAUAUUACCAGUACGAAGAGUGGUACCAGUCUACGUUCAACAUCCGCGGUUGCGAAGAAAAGCACUGAAGCGUCGACCUUUACAUCAGCAGUUUCCACUACCAAGAAGGAAUCCACUUCUGCAGCAGAAAGUACAUCUACGCAAACAACUGCAGCAGCGACUACAACGAUUACUACAGCUGCUACUACUAGAUUGCCUACUACGUCUGCCAUGACCACAACAACAACAGCGAACAAAACCGUGCCUGUGGUGCCUGUAGUCGUCAAGACUCUCCCAACGGUCACAAUAAGAAGUACAACUCCAGUUGUCAACAUGACGACAAGCUCCAUAACAAAAACUACGACACAUAGAAAGAAAAGAAAGAAAGAUGAUUACACCUUAAUCAUUGUGCUGUGGGUGCUUGCCGCGCUACUUGUAAUGGGAGUUCUGGCCUAUGUCUACUAUGACCAUCGCCGAACAAGAGCUGCUAAGCUGAAAUUACUCGCCGAAAUGGAACAAGAGAGACGACUGAGGAUAAUGCAGAAGAAAAAGAAGAGAAAGAGGCCUCGGCAAGUACCUGCUGCGAAAUUGAACCCGAAAGAAUUCAAGAAAAAAGGUCCAUUAGUACUUCAAGCUGCAUACAAAGGGAGUGUUAAACAUCUGCUCGAUGACGAGAAAUCCGAAAGUCUCAAAGAUAUACAGUUCGACACGAGCCAGAAUUCGAUAGUUUUUAUUGGUAGUCAAAUAGAACGGCUCGAAGGGUUGUCUCAGCAGUAUACUUUGAAUUCGAAGGAAAGUGUAAGUAAUGUUGGUUCUUGGAUUUACAAGUGA